AUGGCGGGUUUCUUUCUUUGCGCGCAUGGGAUGCAUCAGCUAAUGCGGCUUUCGGUGCCUUCGAUGUGGAUCCAUACAUACGGCAUCUCCAUCUCCACCUACUGGCAUGAGCUCGCACCAAGCAAGCACGUCCUACAGCAACACCCCUGCGGCAAUAGCAAAGUAAUACCUGCCAUGUGUUCUCAUCUAUUGGUGCCGUACUCCGCGUACGACACGACCCCCCAUCCCAUCACCCGCAUUGCGGACCCGGGCACUCAGCAGCAACACCCCGGAAUGCAACCACCCGGAUUCACGGGCGGGCGCGCGCACACACGGUCAUGGUUGCCGGGCGAGGUGGAGGGCCAGCGCAUUGAUGGAUGCAUUGAUCGUGAAGCUGGCCAAAGGGCAUGA